GGCGCUGGGAGAGGGACGCUGGAGAUGGCGGCGGGGAGGGGGUUGUAGCGCUGCCGGUUUGCGCCUCACCCUUCGUUUCGUCUCAGGUCGCGCCUGAGCGGGGGCUUCCCGAGAAGGAGGGGGGCUGCCGCCUCCGAGCAGCUUGGACUGCGCGGUGCCCGGCGGGUGCCCAGUAAAGAAUGUCUUUGUUUAAAGCUAGAGACUGGUGGUCCACUAUACUUGGAGAAAAGGAAGAAUUUGACCUAGGCUGUCUGUGUGUUGCUGAUGUUGAUAAUAGUGGCAGUGGACAAGAUAAAAUUAUUGUGGGCAGUUACAUGGGAUAUCUCCGAAUCUUUAAUCCACACCCUGUGAAACCUGGAGAUGAAGUACAACCUGAAGACUUGCUUUUGGAAGUGCAGUUACGAGAACCAAUAUUGCAGGUGGAAGUGGGAAAAUUUGUUUCUGGUACUGAAGGACUUCAUCUGGCUGUGUUGCAUUGCCGAAAACUCUGUGUAUAUGCUGUUUCAGGAACUCUGGGAAAUGUGGAACAUGGGAACCAGUAUCAGAUUAAACUGAUGUAUGAGCACAAUCUUCAGAGAACUGCUUGUAAUAUGACUUAUGGUCCAUUUGGUGGUGUAAAAGGUCGAGAUUUGAUAUGCAUACAGUCCAUGGAUGGGAUGCUCAUGCUGUUUGAACAGGAAAGCUAUGCUUUUGGCCGUUUUUUACCUGGUUUUCUUCUGCCUGGUCCCUUGACUUACAGCUCUCGGACAGAUUCUUUCAUUACAGUGUCUUCUUGUCGACAGGUUGAGAGUUACAAAUACCAAGUGCUGGCAUUUGCGACAGAUGCUGAUGAAAGACAAGAAACAGAACAGCAAAAACUUAGUUCUGGAAAAAGACUUGCGUUGUCAACUGAUCUCUGGAACACAUUUUUUCUUCUGAAGGUGGAUUGGGUAUUAAACAUCGGAGAGCAAGCACUGGAUAUAUGCGUUGUCUCCUUUAAUCAGGCAGUUUCUUCUGUUUUUGUGCUUGGUGAGAGAAACUUCUUUUGCCUUAAGGAUAAUGGGCAAAUUCGAUUCAUGAAAAAGCUUGAUUACAACCCGAGUUGCUUCAUUCCUUAUUGUUCAGUGAAAGAAGGAACAAUAAACACGCUAAUUGCAAACCAUAGUAAAAUGUUGAACGUUUAUCAAGAUGUUACACUGAAAUGGGCCACUCAGCUUCCCUAUAUUCCUGUAUCCAUAAAAGUAGCAAAUUUACAAGACUUGAAGGGUGUUAUAGUCACUCUCAGUGAUGAUGGGCAUCUUCAGUGUUCCUACCUUGGAACUGAUCCUUCACUCUUCCAGGCUCCUAAGGUUGAUUCUAGGGAAAUAAACUAUGAAGAACUUGAUGCUGAAAUGAAAAAGCUUCAGAAAAUCAUCAAGGAAGCCACAAAAACACAAGAUAUUUUGCCCAAAUCUGAAAAACACAGAGAUGUAAUUGUCACAGCAGAAGUUUCACCAGAUCUGGAUGCAGAAUCACAAGCCAUUGACAGUGAGGUAAAAGCAGAGUCAGUACCAUCAGUCACAGUAAAGAUAACAAUACAGAGCAGAGUGACUGCGCAGAAACCAAACCUGGCAGUAUGUGUACAAGCUCCAUUAGCAGUGACCUGUGACCAGUUCGUCUUUGAUGAUUUAGAACCAGAUUCAUCUGAAACUGUGAUGCUGUCUGUCUUUUUGAAGGGGAAUUGUUCUCCAUCAGAACUAGAAGGAAAUUGUUUGGUUUCAUACAAUAGGCCAACAGAGCUCAAUCCUGAAGGAAUACCGAAAGUUGCAGAGUGUAACUUCAGUCUGCCUUUGCGAUUAAUUUGCUUUCCAGCUCAACCUUCAAAAGCAGCAAACCACAAGAUAACUAUUGAUACCAAUAAACCUCCCAUCAGUUUUGUCACCAUUUUCCCAGACUUUGUUGAUCCGUCUGAGGAUGACCAGACAAAUGUUCUGGGAUUUCAGUUUUUAACUGGUUCAAAAACCACUCUUCUUGCUUCAAAAACGUCACAACGAUAUAGGAUCCAGAGUGAUCAGUUAGAAGACCUUUGGCUGAUAACAAAACAGCUCAAGCUUCGACUUGAAGAACAUUUCAAGAAGCAAAACUGCAAAGAUUUUGCAUGUACCUUUUCUGGUUCAAUUCCCCUGCAAGAAUAUUUUGAACUAAUUGAUCAACAUUUUGAGCUACGUUUGAAUGCUGAAAAAUUUCGGGAGCUGUUAUCUGAGAGGGCUGUACAGUUUCGAGCUAUUGAGCGGCGAUUGCUGACACGAUUCAAAGAUAAAACUCCUGCUCCUCUUCAACAUCUGGAUACCUUGCUAGAAGGGACAUUCAGAGAGGUAAUAGCUUUAGCAGAUGCAGCAGAAGAAAACCAAGCCAACAUGUUCCAGGCAUUCACAAAGUUGAAAAGUGCCACCCAUCUGGUUAUUAUGCUGAUUAGUCUGUGGCAGAAGCUCAGUGCUGAUCAAGUUGCUAUUCUGGAAGCUACGUUUUUGCCAUUAGCAGAAGAUACGCAAGAGCUGGGUUGGGAAGAAACUGUGGAUGCUGCCAUUUCUUACUUGUUAAGAACUUGUUUGUCAAAGAGCUCUAAGGAGCAGGCUCUGACUCUCGGCAGCCAGCUGUGCAUGCCUAAAGAUACCAGCAGACUGAAAAAGAACAUCACCCUCUUCUGUGAUAGAUUGGCUAAAGGUGGUCGCCUUUCCUUAAGUACAGAAUCAGCCACUCAGCAAGCUGUUGUCAUGCCAGGUGGCUGUACUACAAUCCCAGAGUCUGAUUUAGAGGAAAGAACAGUUAUACCGGGCUCCACAGCAAUGCUUCCCAGUCACGGGCAGAUGGCAAAGCAGAAAUCCAAGCCUGCUUUGUCUGAGGAUGCAGCAGAGGAAGCAGAAAAGCCAUGAAAUCUGAAGAGGACCCUCAGGAAGAAUUUCUGUCUGAUGUCAGAUGCAUUUUAUAAUGCAGCAGUACCAAUCCAUUUUACUCUGUCCUGAUUGCAGCUUCCAGGAGAUGACUGUGCUCAUUUAUACAAGUUCCAUUCUAAUCGUUUUGGUCGUAUCUCCCCGCCAGCUACUAGCAUCCUUUCUGUAAGCAAAGUUUAAGCACUUACCCAACUGUGGUAGGGGUGUUGUGUUAUGUUUUGCAAUAUAUCAGCCCUUUCUAAGGAUUCAGUUCAUUGAUCAAAGACUGUUUACACAUAGUUAAAAGCAACCUUUGUUUCAGGAUACAUUUUAUCUUUUUUUAAAAGAUAUUCUGAACUGUACCUCCCUUUGAGAUUAUAGUAACAUUUGUUAUAUCACAGUUUUGACAAAAGAUAACUAUCUUGUUUCCUCCUGUACUAACAUUCACGAUCCCAGACAACUGAAUUCACCACCAGAAGAAAAACUGGUAAUCCAUCAACUUUCCCCCCCCCCCCUUUCAUUGCUUAUACAGACUCCUACUCUCUAGAGAUAUAGAGUAAAAUAUGGUUACUGGACAUAAAGGGCAAACCUUUUUGCCAUUAACUAUGUCACUAUGAAUGUGAAUAAAGUUUAUGCUGUAAGUACCUUCAGCACAGCAACACACAGAUCUUUUUAUGGUUACCUGUGAUUUCUGUUUUUCUUGUCACUCAGUCUGUUCUAGUUUAUGGGUAAGAUUUUCAAAAUUAACUAACAAUUUUUGAGUGCCUUAAUUUUUAUUAAUCCUGUUGAAGGCUGAGUUUUUAGAAGGUGCUGACUAUUCACCUUCUGAAAGUCAGGUCCAUGCAAGCUGUCUGAAAUGUAUCACCCAAACCUGAGGCAAUCUUUUGAGAAGACCUUGGCGUAGGGUUGGAAGCAUCAGGCUCAUGUCUGAAUUCCUGAGAGGGAGUUGAGACAUCAAUAAGUACUCAGAACUGAAAAUAACUGAGACCUGGGUCAAGUGUAAAAACAGGCCACUUGAACGAGGCCUCUCCUGGCUGUUGCUGGUUCAUACCAAAAUACAAGUUGAAGUCUUUUGGGUGGCAGGUACAAAAAGCACUGCUAAUCUCAUCUUAGAUUCUGGUGGAUGCAAUUGCGUGAGGCAUCUCUGCAUCCCGUGCUCCUGUUGGUUUCUUCAGCAGGGGUUUGCCAGCUCCUGCUCUAGCUGUUGAAGAGGUCCCUCCAAACCACUUCUGUGCUGUUUCUGCAGAGGUUGUGACAGUUGCUGUGGUCUGUGCUAGCUUGACCUGUGGAUAAAAAGGAGACAUUAUUUUUCUGGAUGUCUUAAGCCAUCAACGGUCAUGAUCUCCAUAUCCACUUUCAACAUUUUUGCAUGCAACUCCAAAACAAAACCAGCUUUGCACCACUUCUGCAUCAGCUGCUUUAACCCUCUGGUCCUGCGCUGGCUCAGUAAACAUGUUAUAACCACGUUUCAUGGAGCCUUUUUCAACAUGUUAGCUAUUAAAUAGAGCUGAGUGGCCAGGGAACUGGGUAAGGCUUCUGAUACCUCUAGGGCUGAAGCUGCAACUCCCAACAAAAAUGACUGUCCCCCAGGAGACCUUGGAUAUCUGCAAGUUGUGGGGCCAGAGAUCUUGCUGCUUUCCCAGGAAAGAAAAAUCCUCCCCCCUGCUCGUUAUGGAGUGAUUCUUCUGUCUGAGUUUUCUUCACUCUGAUCCCUCCCCCAUGGUUUUUGUCAGGAGGGUAGCAUCCAACCCAUUGUCAAGGUACCCUACUGCGCUGAGAAAAUUACACAAUAAAAUAAUCUCCUGUAGUCUCUGUGCACACCUCCAUGACCAAAGAAAAUCCAUGGAGAACUAAUCAAUUACUGUAGCUAUUAGGCUUAAACUUUAACUAUAUAUCUCCAAUCUUCUGUUGUCCUCUUGUCAGCGGCUACUAGGUAAUCUACAAAAAUCAGCCACAGUUACUACUGAAAGCCUGUACCAUAACGGUGUAGAAUCCUGGGCCAAAGAAUCAUAAGCUAUAUGUUUAUGUUAUAGCUGGAAAGCACACUACUAUGAGACUUCUGUGAAAUAUAUUGUUUUGUCAUAAUUACCAUUAUUGAAUGUGAUCCCAGUGCUCAGAGCUGCCUGGCUUCAUUGGGAGUUUAGGGUAAACAACGAGUAAGCGCUCAGGUAAAUUAUAUCAUCCACUCUUAAAUAAGAUAUUUUCUGUUGGUUUAAGAUAUAAGGCUCAGAAGCACUCUUAUUUGCCUUUUCUGCUCCAUGCUUUGUAAAAUGAGGUCCUACAAGAACAGUUUUACAGAAAGGGGGAAACAUACUGGUAAUAAAGGGGUAUGUAUGUGUGUGAGGUAGAACUAUGUGUAGUAGUAAUGUGUGACCUCUUUGUAUAUUGCACUAAACUGCUGUAUUUGAUAGCAUCAUCAGGAUUUAAAAGUUGCAUUGAGUAAAACUUACUUAGUUUCCCCCAAUGCCAAAGAGUCCAUCUAGUUCAGAGGAAGGAAGUCGUUGAGAAGUAGUCAGUUAUGCAGCAGGCUAAGAGGAAAUAUUGUAAAGUAAUUCUUAGCAGCUCUCAAAUGCAGGUUGAAUUAUUACAAAAGUUCUUUUUGGUUGGAAAAAAAUCAGGCCAAUUACAGGAAGUUUUGAAGUUAGAGAGUUGGCCAACUGAAAAAUGUAAGGAGAUAUUGCUAGUUCGGGGGGACCAAAUGUUUGGUUCUCAUCAGUGGUGUUUCUGAGUCCAAGACAGACAUUGCUGGCCAGUCAAACUAUUCUGAACGGGAUUUUAAAGUAAUGCCUGUUCAGCUGUUCUGCUUAGCUUAAAUAUGCAGCCUGUCUGCACAUUUAGCUAUUCGAGGAGGAUUUUAUAUGUUUAGGUGGCUCACAGAUAAAAAUGAGUCUUGAGUUACCAUUUUAUUCAAAUUAAUUAUGUAUACCUAAAACUAAAAGGAAUUUUGUGACAUUUUGCAAACCACAUUGAGAGUCAUGGCAACUUCAUUAUAUUUGUGCUAUAGCACUUUGAAAUGCAUUCUCUAAAACAAGUCCUAACAAAAAAUAUGUAUCUUUUUUUCCCCCUAUUAAAUAGGUAAAUACUUACAGAGUUUAUUUUCUUGGUAGAGUUUAUUUUCUGAAUGUCAUUGUCCAAGGGCUUUUCUUUCACGUCGCUUUUGUGCUGCUGCAAUUUAGGAAAACACAUUAAAACAAUUAAUACUAUGCUGACCAGAAUCUGGAGGUCUGGGCUCUGCUGAUCUUUUGGGCUUUGAACACAAUGCUGAGUUCAAACUAGGACUGUGGUUUCCAGCCCCAGAUUGAUUCUUCUGUCCAACUGUUACUAAACUAUGACACAGAAAAACAACAUUUCUUUACUUUCAAGGGGCUGGGUUUCGCUUUAGAAUGUCUUGUCUUUUUCUCUUCUUUAGCAUUUACUGUACAGUGAGCAUUAGAGAUUUAGUUUCUAUAUUCUUGUAUUGCUUAUAAAGAGUAAUUUGCUGCCAUAAACUGAAAUUUGCUGAACAGAGAUUAUAUUUCUAUGUGAAUUCCUUCCAGCAUAAAAAAAAAAAAAAUACAGGGUAUGUGUCAUAUUGAAAUAAAUAUCUUUCAUUCUUAUCAGAAUAUUCUGUUUAUAAAUAGUCUAUUAAAAAAUACUGCAAAGGUGCUGUGAAAUAUAUAACAUACUCCUGAAA